GUUAACGCUGACAACGUUUCCAUUUCGUGAUGACUAUUUUAUUUUGUUAGUUUGUUAUUAUACUUACAAUAAAUAUCAAUGUAACUAUAAUUUUUUAUAGUUUAUGUGAAUGAUCGGAAUAUUUGCAUAAACUGCAAUGAGCAUGUACAGUAGUGAAGAACUUUUAGACGCUGGUAUUAUUUAUCGAAACAAAAAAGAACAAUUGGACGUGACUAUAGGAGAUGGUAUGGAAUUACUCAUUCGAGGAGACAAAAACAAAAAAAGGAAACCACAGACCAGCAGUUCGUACAACUCAUUUGGUGUGCAUCAAAACAAUACGGAUAAAAAUUGCUACACCAAAGACAAAUACGAUUAUGAAACUAAAAGUGCAAAAUCUUACGGAAGUCAUGAGCACGACCCUUAUGAUAGUGAAAGUCAUAAAGGGAGCAAACGAAGUUUACACAGUGUUGAAGAAAAACAAUACUCUAGUAAAGAAGAGAUCGAUCAAACAGGAAUGGAGGAAAAUUAUGAAUUAACUGGUGAAGAACUAAACGAAGAAGAAUUAUGUAAAGGACAAUAUCCUGUUGAAAUGGUAGAGGACGUUUUCGAAGAGGAAGACUAUCCGGAAGAUUGUUUCCCACCAAACUGUUAUAAGAAAUUUCCAUUUUUGGCGGGAGAUGAAGAAACCCCAUUUUGGUUGGGAUGGACUCAACUUAGAUUAAAAACAUUUCAGCUCAUCGAAAAUAAAUAUUUUGAAACCGCUGUUAUCACUAUGAUUCUUCUAAGUAGUCUUGCUUUGGCUUUAGAAGAUGUAAAUCUGCAGCACAGACCAGUACUUCAAGAUAUUCUGUAUUACAUGGAUAGAAUAUUCACUGUGAUAUUCUUUUUAGAGAUGUUGAUCAAGUGGUUGGCAUUAGGAUUUCGCAACUACUUCACAAAUGCUUGGUGCUGGCUCGACUUCAUAAUAGUUAUGUUGUCGUUAGUAAACUUGGCAACGAUAUGGGCAGGGGCUGCAGAUAUACCGGCAUUCAGGCCGAUGAGGACUCUUCGGGCUUUGAGGCCUCUGAGAGCGGUGUCCCGUUGGGAGGGUAUGAGAGUAGUGGUGAACGCACUAGUGCAAGCGAUACCGAGUAUCUUUAACGUACUUUUGGUGUGUUUGAUAUUUUGGUUGAUAUUCGCUAUUAUGGGCGUACAGCUAUUCGCUGGAAAAUAUUAUAAGUGUGUUGAUACAGAAGGUAGAACGCUUAGCCAUGAAAUUAUUCCUGAUAAAAACGUUUGCUUAGCUGAAAAUUAUGAGUGGAAAAAUUCAAAAAUGAAUUUCGAUCACGUUGGAAAUGCAUACCUUUGUCUCUUCCAAGUUGCUACAUUUAACGGAUGGAUGGAAAUCAUGAGAGAUGCCGUGGACUCGAGAGAUAUGCAUGGAAAACAACCAAUACGUGAGAUAAACAACUAUAUGUAUUUUUAUUUUGUUUUCUUUAUCAUUUUUGGUUCAUUUUUCACUCUCAACUUAUUUAUCGGAGUGAUAAUUGAUAAUUUCAACGAACAGAAGAAAAAAACUGGCGCAUCUCUCGAAAUGUUUAUGACGGAAGAUCAAAAAAAAUAUUAUAACGCUAUGAAAAAAAUGAGUUCGAAAAAGCCGCUAAAAGCUAUACCAAGGCCUAGGUGGCGACCACAAUCGAUCGUCUUCCAAAUAGUCACGGACAAGAAGUUUGAUAUGCUCAUCAUGUUGUUUAUCGGUCUCAAUAUGUUGACAAUGACCUUAGACCAUUACCACCAGACGCAAUUAUUCACUUAUGUACUGGAAAAACUCAAUCAAAUUUUUAUCGCUAUAUUUUCUGCGGAAUGUUUACUAAAAAUAUUCGCAUUGCGUUAUUAUUACUUUAAAGAACCGUGGAAUUUGUUCGACUUCGUCGUGGUUAUACUAUCGUUAGCAGGUCUAGUGUUGAGUGACUUAAUCUCGACGUACUUCGUAUCACCAACCCUUCUGCGAGUAGUGCGUGUGGCCAAAGUAGGACGAGUGUUGCGUUUGGUAAAAGGAGCGAAAGGUAUCCGAACGCUAUUGUUCGCAUUGGCCAUGUCAUUGCCGGCUCUUUUCAACAUAUGCUUGCUACUGUUUUUGGUUAUGUUCAUAUUUGCCAUAUUCGGCAUGUCGUUUUUCAUGAACGUAUCUAGUCAUGGGGGUUUGGAUGAAGAUUACAAUUUCCGUACGUUUGGUCAGUCAAUGAUUCUGUUGUUUAUGUUGUCCACGUCUUCGGGUUGGGACGCCGUGUUGGAUGGAAUAACCAACGAAGACAACUGCAUUAAGCCUAACUUGGAGAUGGGCAUCACGGGAAGCUGCGGUAACACGACUGUGGGCACAGCGUUCUUGCUCUCGUACCUAGUGAUCAAUUUCUUAAUCGUGAUCAAUAUGUACAUCGCAGUGAUCUUGGAAAACUACUCGCAGGCAACGGAAGACGUCCAAGAGGGUCUAACUGACGACGACUACGACAUGUACUACGAGAUAUGGCAGCACUUUGACCCUGACGGCACCCGGUACAUCCAAUACGACCAGCUGUCCGACUUUCUGGAUAUAUUGGAGCCACCUCUUAAGAUUCACAAGCCAAAUAAGUACAAAAUCGUGUCCAUGGAUAUACCAAUAUGUAAGGGUGACCUGAUCUACUGCGUGGAUAUCCUGGACGCGCUAACCAAGGACUUCUUUGCGCGUAAGGGCAAUCCCAUUAUCGAGACCGUUGCCGAAAUCAGCGAAAUUCAAACGAGGCCCGAAGAGGCGGGAUACGAGCCAAUUAGCUCAACGCUGUGGCGUAUGCGUGAGGUUUACUGUGCGAUAAUCAUACAAAAGACUUGGCUAAAGUUUGCUAAGGAAAAGCGCCAGGCAGCCGAAGAUUGCGGUGACGAGGCUACGUCACCAGAUGGCCGUCAGACAGCAGUACUAGUGGAAAGCGAUGGAUUUGUCACCAAAAACGGGCACAAGGUAGUAAUCCAUUCGAGGUCAUCGUCUAAAAGCUCAAAAUUAGCCGACGUCUAAGAGGACGCGCAGUUCUAUUUUUUUCAUUUGUUUCCUAUCAAAAGAUCAGUACUAAUAAUUAUCGUUAAAUUAUGCAGUCGGUGUACGGCUGAAGCUUAAAUAUUUAAUAGCUUUUCCACAAUAAUGUUUGAAAAUUUGACACUUACUUCAUAAGGAUAAACCUCCUCACCUCAUCAUGAUAAAUAAUAAUAUACUACAUUAAUAUUCUCUUUUUGUAUAAUGAAUGCUGUGAUAUGAAACGUUUACGCCUUUAUUUUCUAGUUCAUAAGAAAAUAAAGAAUGUACAAGAGCUUAUGUUUUUAAUUUUAAAUAUUUUAAUUGGUCUUUGGUUAUUGUUAAAAAUAAAUAACGCACUAAGAAAUACAUUAAUAU